UUCACUUCUCAACGCAAUGCAUUUCAUUUCAAUUUCCAAGCAUGGAUAAGAAGAAGCGGAAGCACACAUGGAACAAACCAAAACAGCAAUCGACCAUGAACAAGAAGCAACAGCAGAAUGAGAAUCACAAGAGCAAGAGCAUUCACGACAUUCUCCCUCUUGAGCUGAUUCACAGAAUCCUACUUAGGGUUCCUGUCAAAGAUCUCGGUCGCCUCAAGUGCGUUUCGAAGCUUUGGAACACUCUCAUUUCCGAUCCCGAUUUUGCAAAAUCGCAUCUUCACCUCUCUGCCGCACCCACCCAUGUAUGCCUCUUCAUAUAUGACUACUCCAAUGCCUUUUCCGUUGACAUUGAGGCAGUAUUUCACCGCCACACUGCAGUAAAAGAGGUAUCUCUCCCUUUCAAGAUGAACACACCUUUUGAUUUUAAAGUUAUGUGCUCCUGCAGAGGGCUUGUUCUCUUACACCGUGCCCCGCAUUUUUUAAUCGUAUGGAACCCACUAAUUGGAUCCAGCAAAAAAGUUUCCUACUCUCACAUUGUUUCUCGUAGUCGUCGCAAGUACUUUAUGUUUCCCGAUAUUGCGCGUUUGUAUGGAUUUGGUUAUGAUGCUUUACAGGAUGACUACUUAGUUGUUGUAGCUUCUCAGGAUAAGAAUGACCAAGAGCACUUUGAUUGCUUGUCUUUGAGAACCAAUUCAUGGACUAAUCUUGAUUUUGCACUCUCCAAACCCUUGGGUACUAGCAACUGGCAAUCUCGUGGGUUCUUCUUGAAUGGCGCUAUUCAUUGGGCGUCUUUUAGAUUUUAUAGUAUUCUUAUAUUUGAUUUGAAGGAAAGAAGUUUCUCAAUCAUAUCUAUGCCUGAACAAGUGAUGGGUUAUAUCUUUGGCACUCAUCUCGUCCUACUAGGAGGGUGCCUGGCCUUGUAUUCUAAUGAUCCCAAAAAAACUAACAUAUGGGUGAUGAAAGAAUACAAAGUGCAUUCAUCUUGGACUUUCUAUCAGAUUCCUCGUGGAGAUGUUGCGCCUCUAUGCUUAUCCAAUGGUAGUGACAUUGUUGCACAAGAUUCUGUUCUGUUACCUAUAGAUCCCUACUUAAGGUUGGCCAAAUAUAAUGUCAGAGGAGAGCUCCUCCAACACAGAAUUUCUUACGAUCAUCAUCUGGCACAUGUUAAAGCUCGUCCGAUAUCUAUGUCGUCCAGAACAAGCUACAUUGUAUACACAGAGAGUCUCGUGCCAGUCCCCAGUGAGAUUAAGGAUAAGGAUAAGAAGAAGAAAAAUGGCCGUCAGAAUCAGAAGAACGAUGUCAAACAAGAAAAGAGAACUAGGAGCGAAUGACUCAACAGAGACACUUAAUUAUGUUGUAAAUAAAGUGUUGGCAAGUUCUUCUGGAAGAAGCUACUAGAGAAUUUUGUUUUAUUUUGCUUUUGCAUUAAAGUAUGAUUUCCCUUUCAACUAUGAAUGUAAAAAACUGGAACAUUUGAAUGAGCAGAUAGAGUUUCCUCUAGUUAUCCCUAAAA